UUAAAAUCAUGGUGAUGAAAGAAUAACAUUUUCAAAAUGUAUGAUUAUGCCCCUUUCCUUACAAAUAGAAGUGGGUUUCCUAUUAACGCAGAAACUUGGAAAUCAAUGUUCGAUUUCUGUUUAAAACAAAACAGAGACUGUAAAAAGCAGAUCACCGAUCUAUAUGAAUCUUUUCAAGAUCACGUUAUAUCCAAAAUGCCUGUAAAUUAUUCAUAUCUUCAUAAUGUUUACGAAGCUUCCUGAAUUCAGGAUGGGCAAAAUUGAAACAGCAGAAAUGUUUUUAAGUAAAGUACAAAAUUACCUCAACAGUUUUGAAUACAAUUAUACUGGAAUGCAAUUCUUCCAAAUAAAUCGAGGUGCAUCUAUUGUUAGGUAAAUCCGUUCGACCAAACCUACUAUAAAUUAUUUGAAUGUAUGUUCGUUAUUUUGAUUGUAUAGACUUGAGGAGGUUGUAAAAAUGAUAAUGUUGGCUUCACUCCCUAUAAAAUGUCUAGAGGCAACAAUAUUAGCCAUUUUUCUCACACAAGGUCAAGAAUACCUAAAACGUUUUACAAUAUCCUUCGUUUCUGAAUUCAAUGGUAAAGUAUUUAGACACGUCGUGCUUGGAAUAUACUCCAGUGGUUUAUUUGGUGCAUUGGGGUUGAGUCGACGAGAAAAUCUGAUGUAUAAACCGCUUAACUUCCCAAGCUUAUCUUUACUAAUAAAUAAUUACACUGAAGCAUAUCAUGGUCAUCAUCAUAAAUUAUUGAGAGUGAAAAUUGGUCUACCUAUCUCACAUCGACCGUAUAUGUUGGAAAAAAUCCAAUGGAAGGGUAUCGUUAUCCCAUUUAACAAAGGGUAUACUAAAAAGGAUAUAAACAACAUUUUGGAUCACUAUUCGCGAUUUUUACGGGGUUCAACUAAUGUGAUUAUUAAAAAGAGUCUACCAAAUAUAUCUUCAGAUUCAUUCAACACAGUAAAAAAAAAACAGAAUCCUUCCUAUAGAAAAGUAAUACGCUUGGGUGUGGUUCGAAAUAUGUCGGACAAUAAGGUCUCAUCAUUGUUAUCAACUUCAAGUACCUGGAGAAGUGUUACAAAUUUACCAAUUAUUAAUUCAAAACUUGCAAGAAGCCAAACAUCAACAAACUCUUACGAAGUACGAAUUUGACAGUCAAUUGUUUCUAUUAACAAAUGUGAAUUACUUUAUUAGUAUGUAUUACGAAAAUUUUGAUGUAUCUAAACAUACUAAAAAAGCAAACAGUUUUUGAUGAGUUAUUAACUAAAUCAAUGAAUGUUAUAACACUGUAAGCUUUCAGAUCGCAGACCGGUUUACUCAAGUUUUUUAUUUCUAUUUUUGCGUAGACCAUUUUGGUAUGUAAAACUGUUUGGUGAAAUAAUCUGAACAUAGAUGUUUAAA